ACGCGUCUGCGUCGCAGGCCGGCCAAGUCGGAAAACGGGAAAAGGGCAGAUAUUUUCCGUGGGGCGCCGGCCCCUCGUAUAAGUUCUCCCCUGGUUUCACCCUGCGCCUUUGGUUUCACCCUCCGCCUUUCGGCGUCGGCCUUUUGCUGCUUCGGUUCGUCCUCUUCCUCCUCUCGCCGCCCGCUUCCGCUUCUCCUAGGGUUUCUCGCGGCUCGAAUCCACCCCCUGUAACGCUCCGCUUCAUCUAGGGUUUCUCGCAUCGUGCGUACACCCGCCCCGCGACGCGCCUUCUCCUGCAGGGUUUUCUGUAACUCUAGGCGCCAUCCGCCCGGCCCAGAUCUAGCUCUCUCCGCCUUACCGCGUCAUCUUCCUUUCCCUUAUCGUGGAGUGGGGAUCCGUUCAGAUUUCGAUUGGAUUCUUCCUUCGUCGGUCUUUGUGAUCACUGGUAGCGUCUUCAUCAAAGGCCUUUUGCAAAAUUAUGCGAUCUUCAUGGGCUGAUUCAGUUGCGAACGCCGAGGAAUCGGUGCCCGCGACUGUUACUGCUACUGCCCCUGCUGUUAAUCAUCAGAGCGGGCGCCCCACCCUCAGUGCAUACGUCCCUCCCCACCUCCGUGGUCGCUCAGCUGGUCCUUCCUCUGAGAUCCAGGCAGUGCCUGCUGCAGCUCCAGCACCAGCUGAGGUACGGUCAGCUGCUGUGCAGCCUUCAGGCUACGCAUCUGUUGUUGUUGGUGGCUCUCGUUGGUCUGGCCCUACUGGUGGUGGUGGUAGCAGCGCCAUAGUUGGUCCUCGCCAGGGUGGUGGGGGUGGGGGUGGUGGUCGAGGUGGCGGUGGCGGUUGGAACUCUCGCCCUGGGUGGGACCGUAGAGACCGCGAACCAAACCCUUUUGCCAAUACUGAGGCUUCAGAUGUUGAUUUUGAGGCUCAAGAGAACACGGGCAUCAACUUUGACGCCUAUGAGGAUAUUCCCGUGGAGACAAGUGGCCAUGAUGUCCCUCCACCAGUCAACACCUUUGCAGAGAUUGAUCUGGGUGACGCACUUAAUGAGAACAUACGAAGGUGCAAGUAUGUGAAGCCAACACCUGUGCAGCGACAUGCCAUUCCUAUCGCCAUUGGAGGUAGGGACCUCAUGGCUUGUGCACAGACAGGGUCUGGAAAGACUGCAGCAUUCUGUUUUCCCAUCAUCAGUGGUAUCUUGAAGUCAAGGCCACCCCAGAGGCAAAGGGGUUCCAGAACAGCUUGUCCGCUGGCUCUGAUAUUGUCCCCUACUCGUGAGCUAUCUAUGCAAAUUCAUGAAGAAGCAAGGAAGUUUUCAUACCAAACUGGUGUUAGGGUGGUUGUUGCAUAUGGUGGAGCACCAAUACACCAGCAGCUGAGGGAACUGGAAAGAGGUGUUGAAAUCCUUGUGGCAACUCCUGGUCGUUUGAUGGAUCUGCUGGAGAGAGCUAGAGUAUCACUGCAAAUGAUAAAGUACUUAGCUCUCGAUGAAGCUGAUCGAAUGCUCGAUAUGGGGUUUGAGCCACAGAUACGCAAGAUCGUUGACCAGAUGGAUAUGCCUCCUCGUGGUGUGAGGCAGACUAUGCUGUUUAGUGCCACCUUUCCAAAAGAAAUCCAGCGUCUGGCUUCAGAUUUCCUUGCUGACUACAUCUUCCUUGCUGUUGGAAGAGUUGGUUCCAGUACUGAUUUGAUUGCUCAGAGGGUCGAGUUUGUACUUGAGGCGGACAAAAGGAGUUACCUGAUGGACCUUCUUCAUGCACAAAAAGCUAAUGCUGCUCAUGGAAAGCAAGCUCUUACUUUGGUCUUUGUGGAGACAAAGAGGGGAGCUGAUGCUCUCGAGGACUGGUUGUAUAAAAACGGUUUUCCUGCAACAAGUAUUCAUGGUGACAGGACACAGCAGGAAAGAGAGUAUGCAUUGAGGUCCUUCAAGAGUGGAGCGACUCCUAUACUUGUUGCAACUGAUGUGGCUGCUCGUGGACUUGACAUACCACAUGUUGCUCAUGUCAUCAAUUUUGACCUCCCAAAUGACAUAGAUGACUAUGUUCAUCGUAUUGGGAGGACAGGACGAGCGGGGAAAUCUGGUCUGGCAACUGCCUUUUUCAACGAGGGCAACUUAUCACUGGCAAAGCCACUAUGUGAGCUGAUGCAGGAAGCUAACCAGGAGGUUCCUCAGUGGCUUGAGCGUUAUGCAGCCCGUUCUUCCUAUGGAGGUGGUGGGGGAAGAAACCGCCGAUCAGGCGGUGCUAGAUUUGGUGGCCGUGACUUCCGCCGUGACCGGGACUUCAGGGGAGGAGGUGGUGGUGGAGGUUAUGGUGGCGGCGGCGGUUACGGUGGUGGAGGUUAUGGUGGCGGUGGCGGCGGAUAUGGUGGCAGCUAUGGUGGAGGUGCAACUAGUUCCUGGGACUAA